UGGGAUUACAUAGCUUGUUAUCAACCACGGAGGACAUUUUGCAUUUAAAGAGAUCGCUGUCGUUGACCAACCUUUUUAAACAAUAUUCUAACUGGUAAAGUCAUUCUGACAUGACAUUUAUGUACAGUCAAUUUAUUUUUUAAUCCGUCGCACACGAUGACAAAGCGAGGCUCUGAAUGAGUCAUGGAAAUACUCCCACCCGUUGACGCUGUAUCUUAUUUUUUUUAGUAUUGCUGGGCUUGCCACGGUUUGCUGGAUCAGCUGUAAACAGCUGUGAGUGCAGAGCCUACUGUACGUCGAGGCUCAAAGUUACAGUAUUUAUCUGCAGAGGGACGAUUUGUUUGGUCUAGGGGUGUAGGCCAGGGACAUGUCCACCAUGGUGUACCCCAGAGAGGAGCGUCUGGAGAAGCUCUCCCAGGAGGAGAUCAUCUCCAGCACCAAGCUGGUGAUCCAGGGCCUGGAGGCCCUGAAAAGCGAGCACAACUCCAUCCUUCACAGCCUGCUGGAGACCAUCCGUUGCCUGAAGAAGGAUGAAGAGGCCAACCUGGUGCAUGAGAAGUCCAGCCUGCUACGAAAGUCGGUGGAGAUGAUUGAGCUUGGCCUUGGCGAAGCACAGGUGAUGAUGGCACUAUCAGCCCACCUGAACGCAGUGGAGUCUGAGAAGCAGAAGCUCCGCGCCCAGGUGCGGCGCCUGUGCCAGGAAAACCAGUGGCUGCGGGACGAGCUGGCUGGCACCCAGCAGAAGCUGCAGAAGAGCGAGCAGAGUGUGGCCCAGCUGGAGGAGGAGAAGAAACACCUGGAGUUCAUGAACCAGAUGAAGAAGUACGACGAAGACGUGUCCCCCACUGAGGAAAAAGAUGGAGAGCCUCCUAAAGACACACUGGAUGACCUCUUCCCCAAUGACGAGGAGGACAACAGCCAAGGCAUGCAGCACCAGCAUAAUAGUGCUGCAGUUGCCGCAGCCCAGCAGGGGGGCUAUGAGAUCCCAGCCCGCCUGAGGACCCUCCACAACCUGGUGAUCCAGUAUGCCUCCCAGGGGAGGUAUGAGGUGGCCGUGCCCCUCUGCAAACAGGCCCUGGAGGAUUUGGAGAAGACCUCUGGACAUGACCACCCGGAUGUGGCCACCAUGCUCAACAUCCUUGCCCUCGUCUACAGAGACCAGAACAAAUAUAAGGAGGCCGCUCACCUGCUCAAUGAUGCUCUGUCCAUCCGUGAAAAAACCCUGGGCAAAGACCAUCCUGCGGUUGCGGCCACAUUGAACAAUCUGGCUGUUUUGUAUGGGAAGAGGGGGAAGUACAAGGAAGCUGAACCCCUUUGUAAGAGAGCUCUGGAGAUCAGAGAGAAGGUACUUGGUAAGGAUCACCCAGAUGUGGCCAAGCAGCUUAACAACCUGGCCCUGCUGUGCCAGAACCAGGGCAAGUACGAGGAGGUGGAGUACUACUAUUGUCGCGCCCUGGAGAUCUACGAGCGAAGGCUAGGACCCGAUGACCCCAAUGUUGCCAAGACCAAGAACAAUCUGGCUUCAUGUUACCUAAAGCAGGGGAAAUACAAGGAGGCAGAGAUCCUGUACAAAGAAAUCCUCACCCGUGCUCACGAGAAGGAGUUUGGAUCUGUGGAUGCUGAGAACAAGCCUAUCUGGAUGCAUGCCGAGGAGAGGGAGGAAAGCAAAGGCAAAGAUGGCACUCCCUAUGGAGAAUAUGGUGGCUGGUACAAAGCAUGCAAGGUGAACAGCCCUACAGUGAAUACCACACUGCGUAACCUUGGAGCUCUAUACCGCCGGCAAGGCAAGACGGAAGCUGCAGAGACCCUGGAGGAAUGUGCCUUGAGGUCCCGAAAACAGGGAGCAAUGGAGCCUAUGAGGGAUGGCGACAGGAGGAGGAGCAGGGAGAGUCUGAGCAGUGUCAAGUACGAGUGUGCCUCUGAUACGGGGGAGGACGGCAGUGUGGACUGGAAUGGGGCUUAAAUCAACGGGAUGAGGGAUGACCUUCCUCACAACUUGUUCUCACUUUCUCCACAAAAUCAAAUCACGACGACUAAAUCAAAAUGGAUGCUUCUGGUGUGAUUCAGUGUGAAACACCUUUCCGUCUGGUAGAGGGCGCCUUCUUCCCACUUGAAAUUCUGUCUAAAAAAAGAUUGUCUGAAAAAGAAAAGACUAAAUAUGUGUAUCCUUUCUGCUUCCUCCUCCUCUAUUGCUUCUUCUCUACUCUUUGUCGUCAUGUGCUUUUCUCUUUACUCCCCAUUUUUGCCACUAAGCCCUUUCUCUUCCAGCUUUUUCUCCACUCUCAUUUCUCUUGUCAUCCUCUCCUUUUCUGCACCUUUACCGGUUUUCUGUCAGCCGAUAUCGCUUCCUGUGUCCCUAACUUUACUUUGAUGUCUAAUGUUGUAGUACAAACCCAACACACAGGUUUAGUGAAAAUAACACAAUUAGCUUUUGGACUGUGUCACUUAAGAACAAUGGUUGAAUUGAGAAGAAGAAUCAAAGAAUUGUAUUUGUUUUCAUGUGUGCAAACUCUCUCUGCCCUGCCUUUCCUGACUUAUUUGCAUAUUGUAUUCAUUAUGAUUCCAUUGCAAAUGCUCCGGAUGUUUCCAGAAGCACACUGACUCACACAUAUCUGAAGGUCAGUCCGUCAGUACAACAAAGGGUCCACACCAGGUCACCAUGGUUAUAAUGAUGUCUGCUGCUCUAGAACCACGUUUUAAUUUAAGCCUUUGUUUUUGCACAGUCCGUUUAUUGUCCAGGCUUUUAACCAUGGAUUAUGUACCUACAUUUUUUGUUUUUUCAAUUGCUUCUUAUCUUUGAUUCAUAGUCUACAGUUAGCAAAACAGCUGUGUUUACCAGCAUAGCUUUAAGAAUGAGGCAUGGUCAUUAUUCUAUUACUGUAGCUGACCAGUCAGUUUUGACAUACACAGAUUUUGAUAUAAAAAUCUGCAAGUUAGUCAAACUGUUAUACAUGUCUGAUAGCACGAGAAGCAGACGAAAUAUAUAUGAUGACACAAUUUUAGUGGUCCCAUCUAUUAUUUUUACACAUGAAUUGCCUGUUAUAGUAGGUCCAAAGUUUAGUCUGUAGUUUAGGUUUCAAUUCCUAUUUAUCGCCUGUUUUAUAUAUCUUUUUUUAUUGUCUUUAAUAUACAGGGUAGUACUCAUUUUGUAUAUUUGCAAUGUCCCUGCGAGCUAUCACUUUCUUUAUUGUUACACAACAAAAGGAACAUGGACUAUGUUGGAAUCAGUGCCUGAAUAUAAUUUUGACUUUGAUUUGUGGUAUAAAUUGUAGUACCAACAGGCUUUAGUUCAGCCAUCUUUGCUCUAGGCAACAUAAGUUGUUUUUUAUGUAUCACAAGACUCACAAACACGGAAAUGUGAUGUGAUUUCGUAUUGAACCCAGUGAGAUUUGGAUAGCUUUGUUUAUGUGUUGCGUGCACACACACACACACCUGUUACUUCCACUGCUCAGAGUUGGCCCACUUUAUGCUGUCAUUUCAUCUUGUUAUUCCAGCAGAGAUACUAGCUUGUUUCACAUAUGACAUCUCAAUAAAAGUCAUGAGUUAUGUCUGGUUAACUAGUCUGUCAGCCAACACCCUAGUUAUCUUGAACAGAAAAUAGCUCAUACACUGCAGACUAAUUUCAGUAGACUAUAUUAAUGCUUUAACAUUUAAUUGUGUUCCCAAAUUUAUGGCAGUUUAAAGUAGGCUUAAUUAAAGGGAUUUGUCUAACCAUAUAAAUUGUCUUGUGGAUCUAACCGUAUAAAUUGUAUGGCAUCGUUUAAAGUGUUAUGUGAACUGAAUGUACAUUUUGCAAAUAAUGAUGUGCUCAUUGAUGUACCAUAAUGUAAUUGUAAACUGUUUGUUUCCUUGAUGUAUUUCACAUUUCAAUCCUUAAAAAAUUACAAAAAGGAUGUAAUAUAGUCUGUUGUGUAAGUUGUUAGCCUCUAUAGCCAGCCAUUUCAACAAUUCUGCCUAGAACUAUCCUUAGGUACUAUAUAGAUACAGUAUAACUACUUUGGGAACUAUUCAUGUAAUUACAGAGCAUUACACUGAAACAUAUGUAACACAUAUAGAAUUAGAAUAGGUACACUACAUGCAGGAUUAAUGAGUAGCUCCCUAGUUAUGACACUAAAUUAAGAUUCAAUUCCAAGGAACCUUUGACAUACAAAAAGGAAUGGUGGAAUUAGCUACUUCUGGAAGAGACACUGGCAUUUGAGCAAAUAGACCUAUCUAGUAAAGUUGUGGCGCAUUGUUAUUCCGUCUAUACUACUCCGUUUACGGUCUUAAUUCUUCCUCUUGCAUCAGUGGUACUUUACUAUCUGCACUGCGUUACAACCCUGCUUUUUGCAUUGUGAUGAAAUGUGUCUCUCCUGUUUGACAUCAACUGGAAUAAAGACUCUUUCAUUUUCUGAA